AUGGCCGAAGACCCACCUCCUGUGGAAAGGCUUUUAGGUGAUUAUGGGAGAGAAAAUGCACCUCUUGGCCGGAUGACAAUUGUUAACCAACCGAAUUUUGUGAAUGGUCUUAAGCUUAAGACUAAACAACUAAUUGACACAGCUGCUGGUGGUUCAACGAAUUUUAAAACAGCCACUGAGAUAAAGAAGAUCAUUGAUGCUAUUGCAGCAAAUGAACACUUAGAGUUGUAUGACCGUAGUGUAAAUCAACCAGAAGGGCUAGUUGAUUUGAAGUUGUCAAAUCAAGUUGUUAAGAUGGAAGAUCAGAUCGCAGCUGAAGUUGAGCGUAGAUUAAAACAAAUGGCUCUUGAGAAACAAAAGGUGGCUCAAGUUCAGCCGGCUCAACCGAUUCAAGCAGUGAAUUGUGAAAUAUGUGGAGGACCUCACUUUGCCGUGCAUUGUGUGAUGAGUCAAAUAGCACAACAAUUGGCAAGUCCUCAGCAACCUGGUGCUCUACCUAGUGCCACGGUUACGAAUCCCAAAGACCAUAAUAAUGUGAGCGCUAUAGUAACUAGAAGUGGUAAAGCGAAAGAAGUUGUGGAGGAGAGUGCUGAAGAAGAAGAGCCAUUGCUUGAAGUGGAUGUAGAAAUAAAAGAGAAUGAGGUAGAAGCGGAAGACUUAGGUGUGUUGGAACCAACAACUAAAGGGAAGACUAGUGAACAAAAACCGGCAAUUAAAUUACCUUUUCCAACAAGAAAUAAGAAGAAGGGGGAGCAUGAGAAAAAUUUUGAAAAAUUCCUGGAGAUGUUUAAGAAACUUGAGUUAAACAUUCCAUUCCUGGAGGGUAUGAAGAUUCCGGUGAAAAAGAAGGACCGAGGCUCUGUAACUAUUCCUUGUACCAUUGGGGAUAGAUCAUUUAAAAAGGCUCUUAUUGAUUUAGGAGAAAGUGUAAGCCUUAUGCCGCUGUCCAUCUACAAGAGAUUGGGAAUUGGUAAAGUUCAAGAUACAAGAAUGACACUCCUAUUUGCAGAUCAUUCCGUAAAAAGACCUUACGGGAUAGUAGAAGAUGUGCUCGUCAAAAUUGACAAGUUUGUGUUUCCAGUGGAUUUUGUAAUUUUAGAGAUGCUAGAGGAUGAAGAAAUUCCGAUCAUUUUGGGGAGACCAUUCUUAGAGACCGGGAGAUGUUUGAUAGACAUAGAAGAAGGCACGAUGACCUUAAAGGAUGAUGUUGCUACUAGUCAACAUAUUGAGGUGAUUGAUCAAAUUGUUAGCAAUGAGAAUGCUUUGAAGUUACAACAAUUACCCUUAGAAAGAGUGUUGAGUUUAUCAAUUUUUAACGAAGCUGAAGAGGUUGACGAAAAAGAGAUAGAAGUGUUGAAGAUGAUGGAAGCAAAACCUUUCAUUAAAAGUUCUCGACAAAAUCAGUGGGAAGAUCUAAGGCAACCGUUAGUAGAGGAAAAGAAAGAUGAACCAAAAAAGGGGGCUGAAUUGAAACAACUACCGGAAAACCUCAAAUAUGUCUUCCUAGACACAGAAAGCAAAUGUCCAGCUAUCAUAAACUCACACCUUGAAGUUAUCCAAGAGAACAGACUUGUUGAAGUUUUGAAAAAGCACAAAGGUGCCAUGGGAUGGUCGAUUGACGACUUAAAAGGUAUUAGUCCUACAGUUUGCAUGCACAAAAUUCUCAUGAAGGAUGAUCACAAACCUGUAGUCCAACCUCAAUGGAGGUUGAAUCCGACAAUGAAAGAAGUUGUCAGAAAAGAAGUGGUGAAACUAUUAGAUGCUGGGAUGAUCUACCCUAUAUCUGAUAGUGCUUGGGUGAGUCCUGUUCAUGUAGUUGCGAAAAAAGGAGGAACUACAGUGAUAAAAAAUGAGAAAAAUGAGUUAAUCCCUACAAGGACAGUAAUAGGGUGGAGAGUUUGCAUUGAUUACAGAAGGUUAAAUCUGGUGACCAGAAAGGAUCACUUCCUGUUACCUUUCAUAGACCAAAUGCUGGAAAGAUUAGCGGGUCAUGACUACUAUUGUUUCCUCGAUGGGUAUUCGGGGUACAAUCAGAUAGCGGUCGCACCAGAAGAUCAAGAGAAGACGGCCUUCACUUGCCCGUUUGGUAUUUUUGCUUAUAGAAGGAUGUCAUUCGGGUUCAUAAGAGACUUUUCUAAGAUAGCCAAACCCUUAACUACUCUUUUGGUUAAGGAUAAAGUUUUUACUUUUGACAAUGAGUGUGCCGUAGCAUUUGAAACAAUUAAGAAAAAACUGGUGUCAGCACCAAUUGUUGUGGCCCCGGAUUGGUCUCUUCCUUUCGAGAUCAUGUGUGAUGCAAGUGAUAUUGCAAUGAACUACGCAACCACUGAAAAAGAGUUGCUAGCUGUUGUUUAUGCAUUUGAUAAAUUCAGUCAAUAUCUGUUGGGGUCCAGAAUUCGUGACAAGAAAGGGUGUGAAAACACAGUAGCAGACCACCUUUCUCGAAUGUCACCCAAUGAGGAAACAGAAGAAAAACGUCCAAUAAAGGAUGAAUUCACAGAUGAACACAUCCUUGCUGUUAUUGGUGUACCUUGGUUCUACUUAUGGGAUGACCCAUUCCUAUACAAGAAAGGAAUAGAUGGUUUGGUCAGAAGAUGCGUACUAGAGGAGGAACAAAGGGGUGUACUAAAAGCUUGCCAUGACUCAGACUAUGGGGGACACUUUAGUGGUGAUAGAACUGCUGCAAAAGUCUUACAAUCUGGGUUAUACUGGCCGACCUUAUUCAAGGAUGCUCAUCAUGUCGUUCGAGAAUGCGACAGAUGUCAAAGAACAGGUAACAUCUCAAAGAGAAAUCAGUUGCCCCAGAAUGCUAUGUUGGAAGUGGAACUGUUUGAUUUAUGGGGGAUUGAUUUUAUGGGACCUUUUCCACCGUCUUUCGGGAAGAAUUAUAUAUUGGUGGCAGUCGACUACGUGUCAUAG